AUGUGUACAGAUACAUGUCCGAACACGUGUAUCCGUACGCAUUCGCGCCAUGUGAUUGUUUACAUUGUUUCUCUUUGUUCGUCUUUUUCGUUCCUGCACCACCAUUCUAUCCCCUUCAAGCCUUUUAUUCCAUCGCUACCUCGCUUCCUGCCUACCUACCUACCUAGGAUACAUCAUUGA